AUUUUCCUUUUUCAAUUUAAUAUUAUUAUUCUUCUCCUAUUUUUAUUUAUUUAUUUAUAUCCCAUUGCAUCUUCUACUCACUAUUUCUCUUCCUCUUUCCGUUUUUAUCUUCCUCCUCAAUCUUCAUCUUCUGCAACUCCUGAAUCAAAAUCUUCAUCAUCAUCAAUCUGAAUCUGAAAUACCCAAAAAUAGAAAAAUCGAAGAUCCAAUGGGUUCUGUUCCUGCAGAACUGAGCUUGGAUUUAAGACCCAGUUUCGUUCCCAAAACCGUCGCUAAUUUCCUCUACGAACUCUCCACCAUUCCUCGUUCCACCGAUAAGCUUUCCAGGCUCCAUGAUUUCCUCGCCCGAUUGGAAGACGAGCUCAGGAAGAUCGAUGCCUUCAAACGCGAGCUUCCUCUCUGCAUGCUCCUCCUAAACGACGCAAUUUUGGUUUUGAAGGAGGAAUCAGAAAAAUGCAGGGCUCAUAAUUCUCCACCAGUGUUGGAAGAGUUUAUUCCAUUGAAGAAAGAGCAUGAUCAGAGUGAGGAAAAUGAUAGCAAGGAGAAUGAAUGCAGGGAUAAGAAGAAUUGGAUGAGUUCUGUUCAGCUUUGGAACAAUACUACCCCUAGAAAAGCCUGUGAUCAAAUUCCAAUCCAACAUCUUAAUUAUAAAUUAGAUACCAAGAAAAAUGAAGAAGGGAACUCUGUGGUUGCUGAGGACCCUUUCCAAUCUUGUAAUGUUAAAAAUGGAGGGAGUGCUUUUCUGCCUUUCUCCACAUACUCUUCUAUCCCCGUGACAACCGUGGCACUGCAAGCAGCCAAAGAAGAAAAGGAAGACACUGUUUUGAAUAGACUUUCUCUUCUAACCCCUGGGGUGAAGAGUUUGAGGGAAGGAUUUGGUUCAAGAGGGUCCAGAAGCAGCAGCUCCAGCAGGGCUGUUUCUUCCUCUUCUCCUCCUAUCGUGCCGCCAAGUUUGCGUGCAGGAUCUCUUCAGCAGCAGCAGAAUGCUAGGAAACAGAGGAGAUGCUGGUCCCCGGAGUUGCACCGCCGAUUUGUUAAUGCAUUGCAGAAGCUUGGAGGUUCUCAAGCAGCAACUCCAAAGCAAAUUAGAGAACUCAUGCAGGUUGAUGGCCUGACCAAUGAUGAAGUGAAGAGCCACUUGCAAAAAUACCGACUUCAUACUCGGAGAGUUCCGGCUGCAACCGCUAAUCAGCCGUGUGUAGUUCUUGGAGGUUUGUGGAUGUCCCAAGAUCAGCACAACGACUCUUCAAAGGGUAGAAGUUCUGUGUCCGGUUCGCCGCAAAGUCCCCUUCAUUUAGCUGCAGGUUCCAGGGGAGGGACAUCCCCGACCGAGGGUGACAGCAUGGAGGAUGAUGAUGAUACUAAAUCCGAGAGUUAUAGCUGGAGAAGUCACAUUCACAAACCAGGACAAGUUUAUGUAUAGGAUACUACUCCUACACCAUGAAUUUUGCAGAUAAAAGUAUACAUGGGAGGAGUUUUACGGCUACAGAAGAAUAAUAAUACAUAGAAGAGGGUCAAAGGAGAGAGGCUAUUGGAAAUUUUGAAGGCUUAGUUUGCCUUCUAUUCUACAUGAGUUUUGAUUUGAGACUCCGAGUUAAAAAUGAGGAAGGUCAAUUUUUACAUAUCAUUUAUUCUUUCAUUUCUUGUUGUCACUGUGCCCCAUGAGAAGCAGUCCAGUGUUGAGAGUCUCUGCAUGUUUUGUUGGUUUCAUGAUUAGACCUAAUUGCUGGAUUAUUUCUUUACAUACCUUAUUUACACAUAUAAAUCACUCUACAGAGUUCACUGAUUACUCUUGUC